AAAAUCUCCGGUCGAAGCAGCCCAAAAUCUCCGGUCGAAGCAGCCCAAAAUCUCUGGUCGAAGCAGCCCAAAAUCUCCGGUCGAAGCAGCCCUAAAUCUCCGGUCGAAGCAGCCCAAAAUCUCCGGUCGAAGCAGCCCAAAAUCUCUGGUCGAAGCAGCCCAAAAUCUCCGGUCGAAGCAGCCCAAAAUCUCCGGUCGAAGCAGCCCAAAAUCUCCGGUCGAAGCAGCCCAAAAUCUCCGGUCGAAGCAGCCCAAAAUCUCUGGUCGAAGCAGCCCAAAAUCUCUGGUCGAAGCAGCCCAAAAUCUCCGGUCGAAGCAGCCCAAAAUCUCCGGUCGAAGCAGCCCAAAAUCUCUGGUGGAACCAGCCCAAAAUCUCUGGUCGAAGCAGCCCAAAUCUCCGGUCGAAGCAGCCCAAAAUCUCUGGUGGAACCAGCCCAAAAUCUCUGGUCGAAGCAGCCCAAAAUCUCUGGUGGAACCAGCCCAAAAUCUCCGGUCGAAGCAGCCCAAAAUCUCCGGUCGAAGCAGCCCAAAAUCUCCGGUCGAAGCAGCCCUAAAUCUCCGCCCAAAAUCUCCGGUCGAAGCAGCCCAAAAUCUCUGGUGGAACCAGCCCAAAAUCUCUGGUCGAAGCAGCCCAAAAUCUCCGGUCGAAGCAGCCCAAAAUCUCCGCCCAAAAUCUCCGGUCGAAGCAGCCCAAAAUCUCCGGUCGAAGCAGCCCUAAAUCUCCGGUCGAAGCAGCCCAAAAUCUCCGGUCGAAGCAGCCCUAAAUCUCCGGUCGAAGCAGCCCAAAAUCUCCGGUCGAAGCAGCCCUAAAUCUCCGGUCGAAGCAGCCCAAAAUCUCCGGUCGAAGCAGCCCUAAAUCUCCGGUCGAAGCAGCCCAAAAUCUCCGGUCGAAGCAGCCCUAAAUCUCCGGUCGAAGCAGCCCUAAAUCUCCGGUCGAAGCAGCCCAAAAUCUCCGGUCGAAGCAGCCCAAAAUCUCCGGUCGAAGCAGCCCUAAAUCUCCGGUCGAAGCAGCCCAAAAUCUCCGGUCGAAGCAGCCCGAAAUCUCAGGGCUGCACCUACUCAACUGCCAGAGCAUCUGGGACGGCCUGCUGGGCGCUGUUGCCGGUGGCAGCGAUCGAGUCAGCCUAUGCGAUAGCGUACGGGUCGAACCAGCCCAACAUAUCGGGGCAGCACAUACUCAACUGCCAGGGCACGUGGGAGUGCGUGGGCGGCAUCCCGUCAGACGCCUUCCAGUUUGCUGCCUCCGGGGGAGUGCUCUCGGAUUACAUGGUGCCCUACACCGGUGUUAAGGAUGCUACUAACUGUGGGCCUGCUGCAAGGCGGCGCCUUGCAGCGUCCUUCCCACCGGACCUCUGGUUCGACCGGGCACUAGAAGAUCACCGUGCCUCCACACAAGGCUCCUCGCUGCAACAACAGUCACCAUCAGGAGGCCUCGCCUCUUCUGCUAGACGCCACGCCUCCAACUUCGCCCCGUCUCCUCCUGCCCUCCUUGCUCCUCCUGCCUCUCCUGCCGAUUCCUUUACUCCUCCUCAUCCCCCCCCUCCUCCGUACACUGCUCCCAGCCGUCUCUCGGAACUGAGCUUCAAAGGCCAUCCCCCUGAAUCGCCGCUGCACUCCCCUCCUCCUCUCCCUCCUCCUCCUCCAUCCGUCUUCUCCAACCUGCUCUCCUCCCUCUUCCAAAUCCCUCGCGCCCGCAUCCUCCAAUCAUCAUCAUUGUCUUCCUCCUCCUCCUCCUCCUCCUUCUCCUCCUCCUUACUUCCCUCCUCUGCCUCCUCCUUCCGCUCAUUCUCCUCCUCCUCUCGACCGUCCUCCAUGGGCAAAAUCAAACCCCUAAAGAAGAAGACCAAGAAGAAGCCCCCCCCUGCACCUGCCGCUGAGCCGCUCCCGGGCCCGUACACAAUCGCCAUGUUUGAGCAGGUGUCGGUGUCUGGUUGGCUGGGCAUGGUGCUGGCGCUGCAGGCGCAGCCAAUCAUCGCCAACGUGGAGGCAGAUCAGACGUCCUUCAUGGAUUACGCUGGGGGGUACAUCUAUGCGGAUCCCGACUGCUUCAUCAAUGGGGUGGUGAACCACAUCGUGCUGCUGGUGGGGUACAGCAUGGUGGGAGCCACGCCGUACUUCAUCCUGCAAAACUCCUGGGGAUCCACCUGGGGACAAAACGGCUUCAUGCAGAUGGCCAUCCAAUCAGGAGAUGGCAUCUGUGGUGUCAAUACCUCGCCUGCGCUCUACCCUGUUGUCCGCGGGCCCAACCCGUGUGUGCCGAACCCGUGUGGGGGGGGCACGUGCAGCCCUGGCCGGGGGCCGGGGGGCUAUACAUGCAAGUGCAAGACGUACUUUGUAGUGGGGAAGAACGUGGACCAGUCUCCUGUGUGCAUCCCAUUGAAGCCAUGCUCUCUAAACGCGGUGAACCCCUGUCAGGUGGGCACCUGCCUGGACGACAGCAAGGGCAGCUACAACUGCAUCUGUCCACCGGGGUUCUUCUUCGACAAGCGCCCGGACAACACCCCCUCCUGCAUCCUCGGCCCCACACCAGACGAGAUAAGAGUGUUUCCGGGGCUCACAUGCAACCUUGUGAUGUCGACCUACGGGAUCAGCUUGGCAAAUUUCACCCUACUCAAUCAUGAUCUCAACUGCGCCAGGCUAAGGCUAGGCGACGAUAUCCACAUCGGCGAUACCAACCCCUGCGCCACCCCCUAUACCAUCACAUAUAGCGAGACGUGUGCGGCGGUGGCAGCAGAGUUCAACAUCACAGUGGAGCAGCUCAAGGCGGAGAACCACGAGCUCAAAUGCAACAAGCCGCUGCAGAUCGGCCAGCAGGUGUGCAUCGAGAGGGGGACAGCAGACUUGCCGAUGUGCCAGGAGUAUGUGACUGUAGCGGAAGGUGACACGUGCGACACUAUAAUGAGGUCCGCGCGGCCGCCUCUGACCAGCCAGGAGUUCUAUGCUUUGAAUCCAGGCAUCAACUGCAACGUGGGCGAGCAGACGCUGCUGGGCCAGCAGAUUUGUACGCGUGGUGGCCAAUCGAGUGUUUUACUUGGUGCUUCAAGAUGUGUUACAAAGCAGACGUAUACAGUUGUCACUGGCGAUACAUGUGCGCGCAUCCUUGCACUCUAUUUCAAGUCUUCAGCACGCCUGCUAGCACAAUAUAACAGUGGGUAUGUUUGCACAAAUAGUCGAUUGUACAAAGGGACGGUGCUCUGCAAGGCACCCUAAAACUGGGUUUUGUGUUUUGUAAUAGUGUAUGUGUGCGUUUGUAGCUAUCUGGCUACAGUGGGUUGCUCCCAUUUUCAUGUAUUUGUACUUAGUAUGCUUGCUUUUGUUUUCAAACGUUGUCUCAUUGUUGAGAUGUAUAAUAACCAAUUCAACAAGCA